AUGAUAGAUUUAGGUCGAUUGUUUAUAAUAGGAGUAACGUUUUUAAUAAGUUUCCUAGCAUAUACGUCUCAAAUUUUUAUAUUUUGGGAUCAUUUAGGAGGAUUAAAUGUAGAUUGUUUAAAAGUACUAAUACCAUUUAAUGUUUGUGUGAUAAUGAUUUUUUGGAAUUAUUAUCUAACAUGUACUACAGAUCCUGGUAGAGUACCUAAAGGCUGGUAUCCGGAAGAGAAUCAAGAAAAUGUCGAAUUAAAGCGAACGACACGCGCUCCAAGAUAUUGUAAGACAUGCGCUGCAUUCAAGCCACCAAGAACACAUCACUGUCGUACUUGUAAAAGAUGUGUAUUAAAAAUGGAUCAUCAUUGUCCAUGGACCAACAACUGUGUGGGACAUUAUAAUUAUGGGCACUUCAUCAGAUUUGUAUUUUGGGUUGAUGUAACAUGUACAUUUCAUUUUAUAUUAAUGAUAAGAAGAACUGCAAAAAUCAUUCAAGAUAUGUCUUAUUACAGGGUUGAUAGUGAACCUACAACAACGGAAACAAUCUUUUUAAUAUUAAAUUAUAUUGCAGUUAUACCGGUAUUAUUUUCAGUUGGUAUAUUAAGCUUAUAUCAUUUUUAUUGUAUGUUAUCAAAUACCACAACAAUUGAAAGUUGGGAAAAAGAUAAAGUUUCAACAAUGGUCAGGAGAGGAAAGAUCAAGGAGAUUGUAUUUCCUUAUGAUAUAGGAAUAUAUAAAAAUAUCAAAUCAAUACUUGGGAAUAAUCCAUUAUUAUGGUGCUUACCACGAAAAAUGCAUGGAACUGGAUUAUCUUACCCUGUAACUAAAGAUGCAGAUCCAACAAUAUGGCCACCAAAAGAUCCAACUUUACCAUUAUCAAAUUCAGCGAAACCAUGGAACAAUAAUAAGGAUGGUGAUGAUAUAUUUGUUACUGAUUCAUUGUUAGACAAUGAAAUCAAGAAGAGGAGAAGAAAUACUAGAAAAAGUACUAGUAGCGAUAUAAUAAUACAACAAAAUGGAGGAGAAUUUAAAUAUUCACAGAGAAAAAUUAGGAGGGAUAGUGAAGGAUAUAUUGUUAAAGAUAUUACUUUGGAAGAAAAAGGAUAUUAUUAUGGAGAAGAAGGAGUAGAAGAUGACUUUGAUAGUGAGGGUAGUGUUACUUAUCCUAGUAGUGAUGAAUACUCUGAUGACAUUAGUGAAAGUGAAUAUGUAAGAGAAUAUGAAAAUGAUAAUGAAGUUGUUGAAAAUGUUGAUGAUCAUUCAGAAAGCAUUGGUUCUAAACGUUACAAAGAAUUAUAUCAAAAUCCAUAUGAGGAUGACGAUAAUUUACCUAUUGGAUUAAUGAUUUCUAAAAAACAAUUAGAAGCCAUGAAUGUCACAUCGGAUUUUCAAGCUCAUAACCAUAGUAAUGAGGAUGACGAUAAAGUUAUGGCAUAUACAAUUAACGAUAAUAAUGAAAUGAAUGAUAUGGAAAAGAGUUAA